AUGGCAACGAAAGAGAAUACUCCUCCCCGCGACUGUCUGUCGUGCAGAAUUGUAGGUGGUGUCGGUUUGGUUGGCAUAGGAGGUUACCUGGCUAACAGUGCCUGCAAACAUAAAACAUUACCUGGAAAAUAUGGUCUAUCUGUGUUAUCUUUUGAUAACCAGUGGGCCGGCUACGAGUAUGAAACACCAUCAGACUACAUUUACAAAAAUACUGAAAAAGAAUCUACUACAAAGGUCGUAGAAGCCAUGUCUGAGGCUAGAGUUGGUGUGACGUCAUGGGAGGUCCAUGGGAACAUGUGGAGUGCAGCCGUUGGAGCUGUAAUUGGAGCUGGAACUGUCCUGCUGGUUGCUGUCGUGAUCUUGAUGUGGAGGAAGCCACGGCGACAGGAAUUGCCUCUGCUAGCUCCUAUGGAUGUUGCUCAUAGUGAAAAAGUUAGAUAUAAAAUAACAUCGUAUCAGAAUAGAAUGUAG